GCUCGUGUGGGCUCAGCUGAGAGGCCCCUCCGCUCAAUGGCGUUCACAAGCCGCUUGACCACAGACUUCCUGAUCAGAUCCACAGGCUCCUCCACCGUCAUCAUGCGCUUCAACGCAAAGUGAACACCGAUGGGGUGAACGCUACCUGCUCCAGCCAUGCUCCGCGUCCCUGGACCCCCAUAUGUCCUCUCCGGUCUCCUGCUGGCCACCCUCUUGGACGCAUCUGUACUACAGCUUGACGACGUUCUCCUUCUGGCUGAUGAAGAGAAUCCCAAAUGUUUCACUCGGACAACUGAAGACCUGACGUGCUUCUGGGAAGGCAGCCUCAACACCUCCUAUGACUUCUAUCACCAAUGUGACGAGUACUCGGUGAAGAAAUGCAUUCUGAGCGAGCAGAGCCUCGGCACCCACAGCACACUUCACGUCUGCUCCUUCCCCAAAGAUGACGUCUUUGCAUACACAGAAAUAGAAGUGACUGUGCAGGAAGCUGGAGCUGAUGAGCCCAUCUACGAGCGGACGCUGAGCGUCGACAAUGUGGUGUUGCCACCGCCUCCUGCUGACGUCUGUGUGUCCGAAGUGAACAAGCCAAGCCAACUUCAAGUGACCUGGAGGCCACCGGAAGGCCAUAUGUUUCAAGAUUCCAUGAUGUAUGAAGUUCGAUACAUCUCGAAGGAUUCUCAAGUCAGCCACAAUUCGACUCCUCUGGAGUUGUUCUUCUAUGACCUUCUGGACCUGGUUGGUGGAGAAGUGUAUGUUGUCCAAGUCCGCACCAAAUGUAACGGGGACGCGUAUUCCGGAUUCUGGAGUGCCUGGUCUGAGGCUGUCACUGCUGUGGCCCCUGAGACCUCAGAGCAAAUCAACUUACUCUGCUUCACUCGCGAUUUUAACCACAUCACCUGCAAUUGGACCGCCAUGGAGGACGAGGGCACCUCCUAUGGACUUUUUUUCCAGUCAAGGCGAGGAUCAUGGGAGCUGUGCAAACACCAUGCCCUGCUGCAUGAUGGCGUCCAGUGGAGCUGUACAUUUGAGAACCCCGACACCAGAGACAUUACGGUCAAGGUGAGCAGGAGUCUCGUGCAGAAGCUGCAGCUCAAGCACACCUUCUGGAAGGAGCCCUUCAAGGUCCAGCAUAUCGUUCAGACUGAGCCCCCAUCGGACUUGAAAGGAGACGUAGUGGACGGGAAGCUGCACUUGACCUGGAGAGCGCCUAACGUCAGCUUCCUUGACGAGAUGUGCUAUGAAAUCCGGUACUCGAUGGAGAACGACACUGGGUGGAAGCAAAUCACUCUGGAGGGUCCCGAGGCCGCCACCCAGCUGGACGUGCGGGUCAGAAGUCUUUAUUAUAUCCAAGUGAGGGCCAAGCCGGAUGGCCCGAAGCAUCGAGGAUACUGGAGUGAGUGGUCCGACGUGUACAUCGCUGACUUCCCCUCCAGUUUCGUGACCGUCCUCGCUAUCUGCAUCUCCUUGGCUCUGGUGCUAUCGGCGGCCGUGGGUAUUGCGACUUCAGGAAGGCUGAUUCGAAAGAUUAAAGAACAUCUCUGGCCUCCUGUACCCAACUUGAGCAGAGUGCUGGAAGAUUUCUUCACAGAGAUGAACAAGCAGUGCCAGCUCAUGCAGCCAUUCAAUGAAAAAUUUUGUGAGGAUAUCCUCCCGUCCCUGAUUGAGAUUGUGUCAGAAAAGGAGACUAAACCCUCUGCAGCGGUUCCGCCAGAUGAAUCCAGCAGCAGCUCCUUGCACGUGACAGAUUAUGACCAACUGGCAAGAUCUGCGGGAAAGGCUGGCAUAGAAAGUACUGGGCGUGAUUACGUAGUCUUGGACCCCGCUUGCUCCAUCAAGUCUCACCAAGCAAUUCAGGAGGCCAUGCCCUGUCUUGCAGAAACCCGCCACGCUUCCUACCUGUGCAAACCACCUGCUCAAACCCAGCUGCGGCUUCUGCUGGAUACGUCAACACCCAGUUACACUCAUCUCUCAGGUGGACUGCCCAGCUCCAUGGAGGUCUUUACACCGGUAUCAGUGCUGGGCAUCUCUCACACAGAUAUUUGUAAUCACUCUUACUUGGCAUAUGCCAAUGCAGAAGCAAAAGUCCUAGUCGAGCUGGAGAUCAGUAGGAAGCUGAACCAGUAUGCAAAUCUCGAUCGAGUUUAGUGGUCCAUGCCAAAGUAGAGUUUGCAAUACCUCGAAUGUCUUUAAACAGUUACAUGCUUAGCAGAUGCUUUUAUCCAAAGUGACCUACAAAUGAGGUCAUAAUCAAGUAACAUCAGUCUGGGGGCUGUUUGGGAACAAGUGUGACAAAAUUGAACAUCACAAGUGAAAAGCUGAAAACAAAAUACAAGGGAGUUACAAGUCCCAGAUUUUCAAAACCUAAGAGCUACAUUAGACAGAAAUUGGCCAAACAAGACACUUCUUGAACACAUUGAGGAAGUCCGAGUUUUGAAUGGAGGUGGGCAGCUCGUUCCACCACAUGAAGAGUCUGGACCGAGAUUUGAUACUAUGCAGAAGUGGCAUCACCAGACGCUGUUCAUCAGCAGACCCCAGAGAUCAAGAAGGAGCACAGAACCUCACGAAAGUCUCCAUAUACAUAGGUGCUGACCCACUCACUGACUGCUCUGCAGGCAAACAUCAAGAUUUUCAGUUUAAUAUGUGCUGCUACAAGUAGUCAAAGUUGUGAUCUGAGGAGGACCAUGUUUCUACCUUGGCUGGUUGAACACCAGAAGUGCUGCUGUAUUUUGAGACAUCUGCAGUGGCUUGGCGACACAUGUCGGUGCUCCUGCCAGCACAGAGUUACAGUGGGCGAGACGUGACAAGACCAAAGCCUGGCCCAGCAGUCAGAUACAGUCUGAUCUUGCAGAUAUCGUACAGGGUGACUCUUUAAGACCAAAAGACCGUAGCAACAUGGUUGUUGAAGGAAAGCUGGUCAUCAAACACCACCACAAGGUUGCAUACUGACUUGGUAGGUGUUAAUGAUAAGGAACAAAGCUGAACAGAGAUGGGGUAACAAGAAGGUCCAUCUUUACCAGGUUGAGAUGGAGGUGGUGUUCAUUCAUUCAGGUUGCGAGACCUGAUAGUGUGUGGUCCUCUGGAGCAGAACCACAGGUACAACUGCUUAUCAUCAGAAUAGCACAGAUAAGAAAAACCAUGGGACUGGAUGACAGGGCUUAGUGAAGAGGCGUAUUAGGGAGAUGGCCCAGAACCGUUCCUUGGGGCAACUACCAUGCUUACCUGAUGCACCCUUGACAGCUCUCCACUCCAGGAUAAAAUGGCACCAUCUGCUCAAUAGUUAGGUCUCAAUUCACCUGAGGGCCGUCCCAGUGAUGCCAAGGUCAGAGAUGGUGACAAGGAGGGUAUGCCGGUUGGCCGUGUUAAACGGCAGAAGAGAGAUCUUGCAGAACGAGCACAGAUGAUAUGUUGGUAGGUCUGGCAUGCCGUGGAAUGGCCCUUCUUGAAUCCCAACUGAUUAGCCCGUCCUUUGGAAGAAAGGAAGAGACUUGGUUAGAAUCGGCACAUGUUCCAGAGUUUGGGACAGAGAGGAGAGGAGAGACACAAGCAUGUAAUUACCUAUGUGAGAUGCUAGAAGAGUGGUGUACUUCUUGAAGAUGACGUUCACCCAAAGAACUUGAGAAGUCCGAUUCGACAUGGGGGUUGCAGAAGUGUGAACUUGGAUGUUUGGAGAUGAGGAGGUUGUGAUUCACUCAGGGCCACGACAGGCCAGUAGCUUUGUGCUUUCAUUUUCAUCCAUCUUAACCACUAGAAGGCCAAAGUCCCAAACAAGCUCACCAUGACCAAAUGAAUUUACUUUGUACCUUUUAAUAUACAGUAAGCCGAAUAACUUUGAUAAGCAAAUCUUUCCUAAAUGAUGCUAUAUGCCAUUAUCUGUUUCUGCUUAUGGAAUAUUAUGUUAACCAUUGCUUUAUUACAUGACAAUGUCUUAUUAAAUAAAAUACUUUAUUAUUUC